GAUUUUGUUUCAACCACCCAGUUGAGCAUAAAGAGUUACAUUCACAGAGUACCUAACUGGUUGGUUGAAAUCUUAGUCUGGAUUUGUACUUUCUGGACCUGAGCUUUCCACCCCUAUUAUUAUUACUUCACAAGGCAGGAAUUUAUGCAUAAAUGAUAUGUAAGAUCUUCGACAGUUUAUGAUUUUGUGAAUCUUACAUUAUUUUUCACUCAAACUUUGAAGCGGAAUGAAUCGAAGCCAAGUCACCUACAACACUUUCAUGGUGUCAUUGUGCAAUAACUGCUCCUGACAUAUUCCCUGUGUUGAAUGCAAGACUGAUUCAUCAGAAACAUGAAUGUUCUCUGUGGUUUGUUACUUGCUAUAGUGUAACCUGGAAUAUUUAUGAAGCCUACGCAUGAGACAAAUACGUAUCAUAAAACUGCAUACUGGAAAGUCUCUGCUUUUUAUCUUUUUCUGUAUGUAGUCCUUUACAUUAAGAUAAAUUUAAGACAAGACCAGAGGAUUUUGAAACCACUGUUAAACAGGAGAUUUGGGUGGGUAAUGCACUAUGUUCGUUUUACCAGAAGAAUACUGUAAGAUUAGUUUGUCAGAGAAGUCCUUAUCGUUUUCUUUGAUCAAAAUAUAUUUCUUUCUAACCCUCUGAUAAUCAAACUGGAUGUUGAAGGACAAUGUUUUGUGCAUUAAUAAGCAUUUUAAUUUUAAAGAAUUUGUUUCUUAUUUUUGGGUAGAUUUACUAAAUUUAUAAUCGAUAUUACAGCUACUGACUAUCUCACAUUUCCUGCAGCCUCAAAUUUGUUCAACAUACUGAACUGAAUGAUGCAUCGCAUGUUAACAAUCAAGAAAUAUAAUAUGUGCGACCUGCUCCACUUGUAGGUCAGAGCAUUAUUUUUCUGCUACUAAUAACACCCCUCCUGUGACUUAGAAGGCGCUUAGACUAAUUACCUGCCCUCUCAAAAGGAGGAAAAGAUAGAUAAUGUUCAGUGAAGGACGUAAGGAAUUGCAUUGCAUUGCUACUUCUUUUUAUCAUUGCACAUCAUGUUAUACUGUUGGGCGUGCAUGCUUAGCACUAAGUAAUAAAGGCACAAUGCAAUGACUCUAAGUCAGCAGCACUGACUCAAUGCUCUGCUGUUUCGUAACGGGAUUCGAUGCUUUAUUUCCAGACCAGACCUCAUCAUAUUAUGGCUAAUUUUAGCGUUUGAGUUAGGUAACUCGUGUGCACACAGUUACACUCAGUGACUAGUUUAUUAUGUACACCUGCUUUCUAACAGCCUGUUCCUUCUUGCAGCGAGUCAUGUGGCUGUGACUGAAUGCAUACAGCAGGCAGGGUCAAGAAGUUCACUUGCUGUGUAGCUAAGCAUUAGAACGACCAGGCUCUGCCAUUUUGAACGUUAUAUGACUUUUGGUGCUAUGCACCAAAAGAAACAUCCACCACCUGGGAUUUUCGCACUACAGAAUGGUGUGAUGAACAGAGAACAUCCAGCCGAGGUCAGUUCUGUGGCCGAAAACACCGUGUUAAUGAGAGAGGUCAGAGGAGAAUGGGCAGACUUGUUAGAGCUAACAGGAAGGCCACCAGUGCAAAAAUAACAGCUCAGUAUAACAGGGAUGUGAAGAAUGAUUUAUCUGGGUACACAACACUGAAGAACCACAAGAUUGGGUCCUUCCUGGUGCUAGCUAGGUGUACCUAAUAAAAUGGCCACUGGGUGUACGUUUUGGUUUAUGAAAAAAAUCACAAAUUUGACAAUUUUCUUUGUAUAACAUACUGUACAACAACAGUAUUGAAACAAGCACAUUUUCUGUCUGCUUUUCUAGCAUGAAUACCAGUAAUGCGUUUUUAUGCUUCAAAAUAAUAAUAACAAGGGUCAUAAAGGGACAAUGUGUUUUUGUUUGGGAAAUAAAGGCCUUUUCUUAGGCAAAUAACACCCGUUAAAUGACUGAAUCCAUCUUGAACCAGCAUAAACCAAUGAUUAUCAAACUGAGAUGGCCAAAUAGAUCGCCAGUAGAUUGACUGUUAGCUCUGCUAACAGUAAAAUUUAGUCUUGUUAAAAUGACACAGCAUUGUCCAUUUACACCCUUUCGUCGUUUUUUUCUAACUUGUUCAUUUCUUCAGGCUUUUCCUGGUAUUUCUCAUGUUUCUAUCUUUCUUUCUUCCAGAAUAGGUGUUCUUUAUGUCCUUGUCUCAUAACCUGUGCUACUGCCUAUGUAACCAUAGAGUUAAUUCAUAUUGAUCUCUUUUUUCCUUGCACCCUUUUCAUUCUCUCUUCCAACGCUUAAAAUAGAAGUGGAGCAAAAAGGUAAAUAACUGACACAACCCAAACCCUAAGCUCCUUGUUUUUUGUGGCAUAUGGUUGUAAACCUUCCUAUCCCCACUCCAGUGUUCUGAUCCCAGCAGGCAAUAGAAAAAUCUCCUCAUUACCGUUAAGUUUUUGUUUGCCCUGGGACCCUUAAAGCAGUCGGCGAUGCUUCCUUUCUCUAUGAAGCGGAACAGCAGGCGGGUGCAUGGUGCAAAGACCCUCUCCAAGCAGGCGACAAAAUCUAUUUCAUGCCCUGGACACCUUACCGCACUGAUACUCUCAUUGAGUAUUCCUCACUCGAGGACUUCCAAAACACGCGGCAGACUAUCACAUACAAGCUCCCUCACCGCGUGGAUGGCACUGGAUUUGUAGUGUAUGAUGGCGCAGUAUUUUUUAACAAGGAAAGGACCCGAAAUAUUGUCAAGUUUGAUCUUAGGACUAGGAUUAAAAGUGGAGAGGCAAUCAUCAAUAAUGCCAACUACCAUGACACCUCACCGUACAAGUGGGGUGGAAAGACGGACAUCGACCUGGCAGUGGAUGAGAACGGCCUGUGGGUUAUUUAUGCCACUGAGCAAAACAAUGGGAUGAUUGUGAUCAGUCAAUUGAACCCUUAUACCCUGCGAUUCGAGGCAACCUGGGAGACAGUUUAUGACAAGCGGUCUGCCUCCAAUGCCUUCAUGAUUUGUGGAGUGCUGUACGUGGUAAGAUCCACAUAUGAAGAAAACGAGAGUGAAAUCAGCAGAAGUAUGAUAGAUUACAUCUACAACACCAAACAAAACCGUGGGGAAUUUGUGGAUAUUCAGUUUCCAAACCAGUACCAAUACAUUGCAGCUGUGGAAUACAAUCCAAGAGACAACCAGCUUUAUGUAUGGAAUAACUUUUACAUAUUAAGAUAUAAUCUGGAGUUUGGACCACCUGAUCCUGCUCAAGUGCAAAGUUUCUCGGAAACGGCCGCCACAUUCGAGCCCCUGAAGACCACCACCACUACGACCACAACGUCUGCUCCCCAGAAAGGCUUGGAGAACACCACGACAGCAUCUAGCCCGAAAGAAGGAAGCAGGGGACCUAAAUCACCACCAGGAGCUCCUGAAACUGUGGCACCAAUUGAUUCCUUCCCCUUGUCAGAAAGGUUCUGUGAAAGUACAAAGAAAAGGGAGAUAUUAUGGCCCCAGACACAGAGAGGAAUGCUGGUAGAGAGACCUUGCCCCAAAGGAACCAGAGGUACGGCUUCAUAUUUGUGUGUUCUUGCUACUGGGGCUUGGCACCCAAAGGGACCCGAUCUUAGUAACUGCACAUCCCACUGGGUGAACCAAGUGGCACAAAAGAUCAGAAGUGGGGAAAACGCAGCAAACCUCGCCAAUGAGCUGGCCAAACACACCAAGGGGCCCAUCUUCGCUGGCGACGUGAGCUCAUCUGUGAGACUGAUGGAGCAGCUGGUGGACAUCCUGGAUGCUCAGCUCCAGGAGCUGAGGCCCAGCGAGAAGGACUCCGCAGGCCGCAGUUUCAACAAGCUUCAAAAACGAGAAAGGACUUGCAGGGCGUACAUGAAGGCAAUUGUGGAUACAGUUGACAACCUGCUGAGACCCGAAGCACUGAAAUCCUGGCAGGAUAUGAAUUCUACGGAGCAGACGCAUGCUGCAACCAUGUUACUCGAUACUUUGGAGGAAGGAGCCUUUGUCCUGGCUGACAAUCUCAUGGAACCGGCCAUAGUGAAAGUACCUGCAGAAAACAUAAUCCUGGAUGUUUACGUGCUCAGUACAGACGGUCAGGUGCAAGAUUUCAGAUUUCCACAGAGUAGUAAGGGCGGUGUUUCUGUCCAGCUCUCCUCCAACACAGUCAAGCUCAACAGCCGAAACGGUGUUGCAAAGUUGGUGUUUGUUCUUUACAAAAACCUGGGGCAGUUUCUCAGCACAGAAAAUGCCACGAUUAAAUUUGGCAAUGAGGCUAGCAGACAAAACCAUUCUGUUGCUGUGAACUCACAUAUUAUUUCAGCCUCGAUCAACAAAGAGUCCAGUCGUGUGUUUAUUACGGAGCCUGUGAUUUUUACCCUGGAGCACAUUGAUACGGAGAACUAUUUUAACUCAAACUGUUCUUUCUGGAACUAUUCGGAGAGAAGCAUGAUGGGAUACUGGUCCACUCAGGGCUGCAAACUCCUUAAUGCCAAUAAGACGCACACAACAUGUUCCUGCAGCCACCUCACUAACUUUGCCAUACUUAUGGGACAUCGUGAAAUUGCGGGCAAAGAUGCUGUCCAUGAGCUGCUCUUGACAGUUAUCACCCGGGUGGGGAUAAUCAUCUCUCUGGUUUGCUUGGCCAUCAGCAUCUUCACUUUCUGCUUUUUCCGGGGCUUGCAGAGUGACCGCAAUACCAUCCACAAAAACCUGUGUGUCAAUCUCUUCGUCGCUGAGUUAAUUUUUCUAAUUAGUAUCGAUAUGACGGAACCGAGGAUCGGAUGCUCCAUUAUAGCUGGGAUUCUGCAUUUUUUCUUCCUUGCUGCAUUUUGCUGGAUGUGCCUGGAGGGCGUGCAGCUUUACCUCAUGCUGGUGGAGGUUUUUGAAAGUGAAUAUUCCCGUAAGAAGUACUAUUACGUUUCUGGCUACCUUGUCCCAGCCAUAGUAGUGGGCGUGUCUGCAGCCAUCGACUACAAGAGUUAUGGAACAAAAAAAGCGUGCUGGUUAAGGGUUGACAAUCACUUUAUAUGGAGCUUCAUAGGUCCGGUGACAUUUAUCAUUACGUUAAAUCUCGUCUUCCUUCUAAUAACCUUGUACAAAAUGGUCAAGCAUUCCACUUCACUGAAACCGGACUCCAGUAGGUUGGAAAAUAUAAAUAAUUACCGUGUUUGCGAUGGCUACUAUAAUACCGAUUUGCCUGGCUAUGAAGAUAAUAAGCCAUUUAUCAAGUCCUGGGUGAUUGGUGCUUUCGCUUUACUCUGCCUGCUGGGGUUGACCUGGUCAUUUGGCUUAUUUUUUCUCAACGAAUCCUCUGUGGUCAUGGCUUAUCUCUUUACAAUAUUCAACACCUUUCAGGGGAUGUUCAUCUUUAUAUUCCACUGCCUGCUGCAGAAAAAAGUUCGUAAAGAGUACAGCAAAUGCUUCCGCCACAACUACUGCUGUGGUAGAUUACCCACAGAGAGCUCCCACAGUUCAACAAAGACAUCGACUGCCAGGGCUAGUGCCCGCUACUCCUCCGGCACACAGAGUCGUAUCAGGCGGAUGUGGAAUGACACCGUAAGGAAGCAAUCUGAGUCUUCCUUUAUCUCAGGUGACAUCAACAGCACCUCUACCCUUAACCAAGGGAUGACGGGCAAUUAUCUACUAACAAAUCCUCUCCUUCGACCACAAGGCACUAACAACCCCUAUAACACCCUACUCGCCGAAACUGUUGUAUGUAACAGUCCCACGGCUCCAGUGUUUAACUCUCCAGUGAACUACAGAGAGACAAGAAAUUCCCUGAACAGUGCCAGGGAUACAAAUGCAAUGGAUACCCUACCGCUAAAUGGUAAUUUCAAUAAUAGUUACUCUCUUCGCAACGGGGACUACGGCGACAGUGUGCGAGUGGUGGACUGUGGGCUCAGCCUGGAUGAUGUGGCCUUUGAAAAGAUGAUCAUCUCCGAGCUCGUGCACAAUAACCUCAGGGCUUGCAGCAAGAGCCAGAACAUGGACAGAACUUCAACCAAAGUGACCGCGGGUGGCAGCAGCAGCGAAGAUGACGCCAUCGUGGCCGACGCUUCAUCUUUGGUGCACGGCGAAAACCCCAGCCUGGAGUCGCACCACAAGGAGUUGGAGGCUCCACUCAUCCCCCAACGGACUCACUCGCUUCUGUACCACCCGCAGAAGAAGGUGAAGACGGAGGGUAUAGACAGCUACAUGUCUCAGCUCACGGCUGAGGUGGACGACAACCUUCAGUCCCCAAACCGAGACUCCCUGUACACUAGUAUGCCUAAUUUAAGAGACUCUCCCUACCCCGAGAGUAGCCCGGAUGUAGAGGAGGACCUCUCUCCUUCUAAAAGGAGCGAAAUCGAUGAUGUUUAUUACAAGAGCAUGCCUAAUCUCGGAGCCGGACAUCAACUUCAGGCAUACUACCAGAUUAGCAAAGGUAGUAGUGAUGGGUAUAUUAUUCCUAUUAACAAAGAAGACUGCAUCCCAGAAGGGGAAGAAGUGAGAGAAGGACAGAUGCAGCUGGUGACGAGUCUCUAAAUGUAUUUAAGUCAAGUUACUUCCCAAUUGAUACCCCCUGAAAGACAUGAAAUGUGUACAUUUUGCUCUCUGUCCCCCCACCCUUAUUUUUUCACAGACAGUCUGCAGUGCAUGGAGGUUGUUCUGCGUCGGCUUUGAAAAUCGCUGUGAAGCUGUGAACAGACUCUGUACAUACCAAGCAGAAUUAAAGAUAAAUAAAGACAAGCCAACUAUGUAUUUAAAUAUGCUGCUGCUGUUGAACGAUUGAAAAAAAAAUAACAGAAGAAUGGGCCAUUCUAAUUCAGCAGUUUCUGAACAAUGAUUGUAUAUACACUUCCAUUACCCUUAUCAAACCUGUUUUGUAUUAUAUACAAAAUCAAGCUCCAGGAUCUGAACUGGAAAGACUUAUGUGAUGUUUCUUGAUGUGUUCCCGGUAAGAAUAUAAUUAUGAAUAUAAAAGUCCUGGAUCCUAGAACAGUCACCCCUAUCGUGGUGAAGAUUGGACCUUGAAACCACUAGCAAUCAAGCCCCAGGCCUUAUGUUUUCUGAAUUGUACAUUAAAGUGUUGUUAAGGAUAAUGGCAAAAAACAAUAUAUAAUAUAUAUUUUGUUGUAUUGCUAGUGUAAAAUAAAAUUCAAGGCAACCAUAAAUAUAAAGACAUUUUAAUUAAAAUUUUAGUUUGAAAAGGAUAUUGUGUAAAAGUUGCACAUAUGUUAUUCAAAGUGUUACACCUCAUUCAUUGGAGUAUGUUUGAACAAGAUAAUGAAAGAAAUUGUAAAGAAAAAGACCAUGUCAUGCUCACACUUUUCACUGAAAGCCGUGUUUUUUCUUGUAUAACCCAUAUAUCUUGACAACAAUUCUGAAUUUCAUAUUGCCAAAAUAUAUUAUUUUAGUAUAGUGUGAAUCGAACUCCCGAAUUCAACAAAUAAUGCCUUGCACAAAUUUGGUAUUAAUCAUAUCAGCAUAAUUUACUUUAAAUCUGUUUUACAAUUAGGCAUGAGACAUUCGACAUCAACUUUGUUUUUGUUUUAACUUCCCCAGUUCAGCCGUCUUGAUUUGGCCUUUUAUUUAUAUUAAGAUUUUAAACCCUUAUGAGAAUUUAAAAACGGUGUAUGAAUCUUUCUGCUGGCACCUGUACGCUUUUCUUUGUUAAUGUUUAAAGCCAUCAUUUAAUUAAAAAAAAAGCUGUAAAGUUCAACACUUGUUAAACAAUAAAUAAAUGUCAAGAUUUUUUGUCAAA